AUCUCAAAGAAAUUGUUAGGUAAUAAAGCGAUAAGACCUAAAACCCAAGAUAGCGGUUUCAUGGAGCUGCUGAGACCAACACAAUUAUUUUAGAUCUACUAGACUUCAGGGGAUUGAUUUAGUCGCUGUUAGCUACUGUAAUUUGCAACUAGCAGAGGUAGCUAGCAAAACAGUGAAGAAGAUGGCGACGCUCAACAGUAUUAAGAACAUGUAUGGGAUCUGCUCUCAUGUAAUCCGCCAAACGACUGGAUUGAGAGCAGCAAAACUCAUUCAGCAGAGGGCGUUCAGAGUCAAUGGAGCCCUCAGGCAGCAGCCGUUUGACUCCUCGGAAGAGAAGCCCCAGUUCCCAGGAGCAUCGGCAGAGUUUAUUGAUCACCUGGAGUUCAUCCAACCUAACGUGAUCUCUGGGAUCCCCGUCUACAGGGUCAUGGACCGGGCCGGGAAGAUCAUUAACCCCUCAGAGGACCCACAGCUCUCCAAGGAACAAGUGUUGAACUUCUACCAGAAGAUGACCCUUCUGAACACCAUGAUCCUGACAGUCUCAGAGACAGGUGACUCUAACCUGGAUGGUCGUAUAUCCUUCUACAUGACUAACUAUGGAGAGGAGGGAACACACAUCGGCAGCGCUGCAGCUCUCGACCCAAGGGACUUGGUCUUCGGCCAGUACAGGGAAGCAGGCGUGCUGAUGUACCGUGGUUUCCCCCUGGAUCUGUUCAUGGCUCAGUGCUAUGCCAACGUUGACGACCUGGGCAAGGGACGCCAGAUGCCCGUUCACUACGGAAGCAAAGACCUCAAUUUCGUCACCAUCUCCUCUCCUCUGGCCACUCAGAUCCCACAAGCGGCAGGGGCAGCGUACGCAGCGAAGAGAGAGAACACCAACCGUGCUGUGAUCUGUUAUUUCGGAGAGGGCGCGGCCAGCGAGGGCGACGCCCACGCCGGGUUCAACUUCUCUGCGACCCUGGAGUGCCCGCUCAUCUUCUUCUGCCGUAACAACGGCUACGCCAUCUCCACGCCGACCAACGAGCAGUACCGGGGGGACGGCAUCGCCGCACGCGGUCCAGGCUACGGUAUGAUGUCUAUCAGAGUGGACGGUAACGACGUGUUCGCUGUGUACAACGCUACCAAGGAGGCUCGCCGUAGGGCUGUGGCCGAGAACCAGCCCUUCCUCAUCGAGGCCAUGACCUACAGGAUUGGUCACCACAGCACCAGUGACGACAGCUCGGCCUACCGCUCCGUAGAUGAGGUGAACUACUGGGACAAACAGGACCACCCCAUCUCUCGGCUGCGUCACUACAUGACGGCCCGCUCCUGGUGGUCCGAGGAGGACGAGAGGAGCUGGAGGAAACAGAGCCGUAAGAUGGUGAUGGAGGCGUUUGAGAAGGCCGAGAAGAGACACAAGCCCCACCCUGACUUGAUGUUCUCUGACGUGUAUGAAGAGAUGACCCCUAACCUGGUCAAGCAGAAGGAGGCCAUGUGGAGACACGUCCAGCAGUAUAAAGAGCAUUAUCCCCUGGAUGCCUACGCCAAGUAAACACAGUAGUACGCUACAAAAAGCAGGAUCAAUGAGUGAGCCGGCUAACUUUUGAUAAGCAAUCACAAAUUGAAAAAAAAACUUUUUCUGGUUCAUUUAAAAAAGCUAAACUUUUUGUUUGUUGAAUCAAUUAGACCAAGUUUAUCUGUCUAAAAAAUAUAUAAUAUUUAGGCUCGUUAGCUGGCUGACUCGUUGGUCCUGCUGAUAGUACAUCCUUCAGGUUCUGACAGAGUACCACAUGGCACCCUACUCUAGAUGGCACACUAUUCCCUACUCUAGAUGGCACCCUAUUCCCUACUCUAGAUGGCACCCUAUUCCCUACUCUAGAUGGCACCCUACUCUAGAUGGCACCCUAUUCCCUACUCUAGAUGGCACCCUAUUCCCUACUCUAGAUGGCACCCUAUUCCCUACUCUAGAUGGCACCCUAUUCCCUACUCUAGAUGGCACCCUAUUCCCUACUCUAAUGGCACCCUAUUCCCUACUCUAGAUGGCACCCUAUUCCCUACUCUAGAUGGCACCCUAUUCCCUACUCUAGAUGGCACCCUAUUCCCUACUCUAGAUGGCACCCUAUUCCCUACUCUAGAUGGCAUCCUAUUCCCUACUCUAGAUGGCACCCUAUUCCCUACUCUAGAUGGCACCCUAUUCCCUACUCCAGACAGAAGUAGUGCACUAUAUAUGGAAUAGGGUGCCAUUUGGUAAACACUGUACAGCGUUGCAGGUAGAAAUGUCACAAAUAGAACUGACAUGAUUCCUUUUGCUUCGUGUCAGAGGCAUGUUUGUUCUAUAUAAAAUAUUUCUACCUGAACGUUCCACAACAUUGUGCCAUGUUGAAUGUGGCCUAGGCUGGAGCAGGGUGUGGAGGUGAGGAGAGGCUGAUGGGUUAGAUGGGACUGUUGUUGUACACUUUGUAUUCUACUGUUCUGCAUAGAGUUAUAGUUCUGGUAUUCUGACCAGGCUAGAAUUAUUUUCUGGUGUUCUGACCAGGCUAGAAUUCUUUUCUGGUAUUCUGACCAGGCUAGAAUUCUUUUCUGGUGUUCUGACCAGGCUGGAAUUAUUUUCUGGUAUUCUGACCAGGCUGGAAUUAUUUUCUGGUAUUCUGACCAGGCUAGAAUUCUUUUCUGGUAUUCUGACCAGGCUAGAAUUCUUUUCUGGUAUUCUGACCAGGCUAGAAUUCUUUUCUGGUAUUCUGACCAGGCUGGAAUUCUUUUCUGGUAUUCUGACCAGGCUAGAAUUAUUCUGGUAUUCUGACCAGGCUGGAAUUCUUAGCUUUCUGCCCAGUAGUGGGAGGGAGUGGCUAAUGUUAAGGAUGGUUUUGUUCUAAUCGACCACUAUGGGCCUCUAGUUCUUUUGUGUGCUUUGAAUGAAUGAGAGUCUGACCCAGUCAGUCCUGUGGUUGUUGCUGUUAACCCCUCCUUGGCGACACCCAGCUUUUACCAGUGUAUUUAAACUAUUUCAGAGCUAACACACGAUUAUCAGACGCCGUGAGCUAGUUCAUGGUAAAAACAUCUGAGUUCCAGGGGAGAGGUUUGAGUUAGUCGGUUGAUUCUAGUAGGCAGACCGUAUUAAAAAAAACACCUGUGUUAAAACAGGAUUUUCCUGCUGGCUCAACAAAUGAGUAGUUGAAUGGUCUUCAUUAGUCAUUUAUCAGUGCAUGAGUCUACCCAAUGAGCAAAAGGCAUAUAAAACCAGUUUUUCCUCACUGGUUAUUCAUACCUGAGUGAAAUAGGACUUGACUUAAUCUACCCACACCAGUGGUGUCAUGCCUGUUUCCUCCUUUACAGAGCAAUACUGUAGACUGCCACUCGUUUCCUAUGCAUAGUUUUCUAGCUGUUUGGUAUCGGGGUCUAUGGCUGAGGUGUUUUCGAGUUUAAUAAAGUUUGACUAUACUCCCAAAAA